AUGCCGGUUGCCUCCAAUUAUCCGCUGGUCGACAUCCCCAAUGUCGACCUCUGGACGUUCCUGUUCGAACGAAAGGACAGGCCGUUCCCAGAUGAUAAGAUCCUUUACCAAGACGCCGAGACAAAGCGCCAUUAUACCUACAAGACCCUGAAAGAUGGCUCGCUAGAAUUUGGCAAGGGUCUGAAGGCCAUAUAUGACUGGAAAAAGGGCGAUGUGCUCGCCCUCUUCACCCCUAACACCAUCGAUACCCCAGUGCUGAUGUGGGGAACACUGUGGGCGGGCGGUAUUGUCUCCCCCGCGAAUCCGGCCUACACUGCAGACGAGCUAGCCUUCCAGCUGAAGAACUCCGGAGCAAAGCUUCUUGCAACUCAACCCUCUGUUCUUUCUGUCGCUAAGGAAGCCGCUAAGAAAGCUGGUAUCCCUGAUGACCAUAUCAUUCUGGUGGGCGACCAGCGCGAUCCACAGGCCCGGUUCAAGCAUUUCACUUCCGUGUUGAAUAUCUCUCGGGCAACCCGGUAUCGUCAACAGAAGGUUACACCGGACUCGGACUUGGCGUUUUUGGUUUACUCCUCCGGAACUACCGGUGUGCCUAAGGGUGUCAUGCUAUCGCAUCGGAAUAUCAUUGCCAAUGUACUGCAGCAGGCCCUUGGGGAAGGAGGGAAUCUGUCGUGGAAUGGCGGUCCUGACGGGAAGGGGGAUCGGAUUUUGGCAUUUUUACCAUUUUAUCACAUCUAUGGAUUGACCUGUCUCAUUACUCAAGCCUUAUACAAGGGUUAUCACCUGAUUGUCAUGGCAAAGUUCGAUAUUGAGAACUGGUGCGCGCAUAUUCAAGAGUACCGCGUCACAUUCAGUUAUAUUGUACCUCCAGUUGUGUUACUAUUGGGAAAGCACCCAGCGAUCGAUAAGUACGAUCUUUCGAGUUUGCGCAUGAUGAAUUCUGGCGCGGCGCCACUUACUCAGGAGCUGGUUGAGAGUGUAUAUUCGCGCAUCAAAGUGGGUAUCAAGCAAGGGUAUGGUCUCAGCGAAACCAGUCCUACCACUCACUCCCAGCGAUGGGAGGACUGGCGUGAACACAUUGGGUCCGUUGGUCGUCUGAUGCCUAACAUGGAGGCAAAGUAUAUGACCAUGCCUGAAGAUGGCUCGGAGUCGAAGGAAGUUACCACCGGAGAGGUUGGCGAGCUUUAUCUCCGUGGUCCCAAUGUAUUCCUGGGUUACCACCAGAACCCAGAUGCUACCAGGGAGUGCCUGUCUACUGAUGGUUGGUUCCGAACUGGAGAUGUGGGGUACCAAGACUCCAAGGGCAAUUUCUUCAUUACAGAUCGUGUGAAGGAACUCAUCAAGUAUAAGGGCUUCCAAGUACCUCCUGCCGAGCUGGAAGGCCUACUGGUUGAUAACGAUGCUAUUGAUGAUGUGGCCGUGAUCGGUAUUGAAAGUGAGUCUCACGGGUCAGAGGUACCGAUGGCUUGUGUUGUUCGCAGUGCGAAGAGCAAAUCUUCUGGCUCGAACGAGAAGGAUGAGGCCGCCAAAAUUAUCCAGUGGCUGGAUUGUAAGGUCGCUCAUCAUAAACGUCUGCGUGGAGGUGUACGAUUUGUGGAUGAAAUUCCCAAGAAUCCCAGUGGAAAAAUCCUCCGUCGCAUGCUAAAACUGAGGUUCAAGGAUGAGUUGAAGGGACCCAGGGCCAAGCUGUAA